ACUCUUUGCUAUUCCUUUAACACCCUUGAGAAGAACCUAAACUACUGAAGCAGUCACUCAAUUGACAUUAUUGUCAAACGGAUGACAUGUUUAUUGAUUUUGUUAUUCUUUAACAGAUAUGGUGUUAGAAGAUGUGACCGAAUACGAAAGUACUCCAGAAGGACGUCGUGUCACUAAAUUGGAUCAAAUCUUAUUGAAUGGAAACAACAUAACAAUGAUGGUUCCCGGAGGAGAAAUGCCAGACAAUUGAUCACUUUAUCGCUCAUCCUUUUUAUCUCAACAAUUAUUUUUCCAAAUCAUAUUUAAUUCAUUAAAUUCGGUUCAAUAAUAAUUUUUCUAUAAAUAAUUCAAUGA